UGUGCAAAAGGAGACGCUGCAGCCCGAGGGACAGCCCCCCAUCUUCAUGUCAAUUCCUUUCUUCUGCUUCCUCUACUACGUCGACGUCUUCUUCUUUCCUGAGGAUUGCGGAUCUCGUCUGAUUGCUCUGCACGAGGGAGCCUGCAUUGUUGCUCUUCAUUAACCCUCGUCCUCAUACCCUUCCCUACAAUUUUCUCCUGAUGCUUAGGAUUCCCCAUUCCUUUUCUUCCUUUUGUGCUUCUCACUCGCACAAUUUUGCGUGUCGGAACUGCCGUGGCAGAUCAACAGCUUGCGAGGGUGCAUCAACUUGUGCCGAAUUAGGUCAAAACUGCAUCGCCUAAUUCUUGGAGGUAGCUGUUGUAGAUGGUAGUAAAGAAUCUCUGUCUGCAACAUAAAAUAGGAAGCUGCGGGCAUGGCAAUCUCUUGCUUUGCACUUUCUUCAAAUUUCUCCCUCGCAUCAAGCCGUCUUCUUCACAGUAAACAAUCAGUAGUUCGGAGGAGUUCUGCGUCCGUGGUGGUGGUGAGGUCGUUGAAAGAUGAGCAAGAAGCUCCGUCGACUUCAACUCGCAUUGAUUUCGACGGCAAAUUGCCCUUAUUCGCUCCCUCGGUAUUCCGCCGGAGAUUUAUUCUGGGCACAAUCACGGGUACGGCACUUGCAUUGGGGGCUGACUUUCUUGGGAGCACCAGUGCAAUCCUGUCAUUGAAUCCAGAACUUUUUCGUGGUUUACGAGUGGACGUUCUGUAUCCAAUUGGAGGUUAUAAGCGCUGUUUAGAAACCAGCCAGGGAUUUGAGUUCAUCUUUCCAAAGACAUGGGUUGGAGAUCAAACGUUGUUGUAUAGGGCAGUGCAAAGAGGCGAGCGUGAGCGCUCUCUCGAUCUUCCUCCCAUUCGACAACCAAGUAAACGAAGACUUACGGAGCCCAUAGUUGCCUUCGGGCCUCCAGGUACCCUAGGCGAGUUGAAUGUCAGCGUUGUCGUUGCACCUGUGGCGCAGGGGUUCACACUUGAAAAACUUGGCAACCCUACGGAGGCAGGCAUAACUAUUUUGAAGCGUUCAAUUGCUCCCGAAGGUUCGAACAAGGUGGCCGAGUUGAUUGAUGCUGCAGCCAGACGAGACGACGCGGGGGUAACUUAUUAUACCUUAGAAUAUACAGUGCGAGGACCCUCAUUCUAUAGACAUAAUGUAGCAGUGUAUGCUGUGAGUAGUUCGGCGGAACUCUAUACCUUAAGUGCCCAGUCACCAGAAACCAUGUGGUCAGAUGUCAGAAACCAGUUCAAGAUUAUUAGCGACUCCUUCAGAUUGGUUAGUUCAAUCUGAGGUGCUGAGUAAUUUGAGCGAUUUGAAUUUACCUGGUGUAGAGUCGUAACAUUUACUUCAAUGGGUCUGCAGAUCCAGUCUUUUUAACACCUUCUUAACGUAGUCAUUUUUCACGGAAGACCCGUGAUGUCUACUCCUGUGAAUGUCAUGUAACACUACAAGUUUCUGGAUUAUUUACUCAAAAUACAAGCCUAAUGAAAAGAAUUAUCAGCA